AGAAGCUGAGAAGAGAAGACCUGGCCUCUUCUAUGAAUGGCCAUGGGAAAAGCUUGCAAGUUUUAAGUUUCUGGUGGAUCAGCCUUCUCCCGAGGGACCCAGAUGAUAUCGGGUACCUGAUGCUGUCGAGAAUGUUUCACAACCAGGCAUGGAUCAGCCUUUCCCGCUACUUCAAUGCCUGCAGUCCUCGCUGCAUCGUCAACCGCAGUCUAGAGUUCGACCAAGUCGACAGAGAAAGCCACUGGGACGACCAGAUCAUCUUGAAUGGAAUUGUGUACUACCUGGGCUACUCCAUAUUUCCUGGCGCUGAUCAUCUGCCUCUAUGGAAGAACAGUGGUGCAACCGUUAUCGCUCUGAUGCGCACAGGCCCUGUCGAGUUCCUGUACUACUGGCUCCAUAGAGCUCUGCACCAUCAUUUUCUCUACGCACGCUAUCAUUCUAUCGAUCAUCACGCCUCCAAUAUCAUCACAGAGCCCAUAACAUCUGUGGUUCAUCCAUUCGCUGAGCAUUUGAUGUACUCUUUACUAUUUGUCAUCCCAGUACUGACGACAAUCCUCACUGGGACAGCUUCCCUUUUGUCGACCAUGGCCUAUAUUGUGUAUAUCGAUUUUAUGAACAACUUAGGGCACUGCAAUGUUGAGAUAAUACCAGAGUGGAUCUUCAAAGCAUUCCCCCCUCUCAAGUACUUCUUGUACACACCAUCGUUUCAUUCUCUACAUCGCACACGGUUUCGAACAAACUACUGCUUGUUCAUGCCACUCUAUGACUACCUUUACAACACCGUGGACAAAUCAUCUGAUGAACUAUACNCAGAUGUUGUUCACCUUACACAUUUUACUAGCUUGCAGUCCCUCUACCGUCUACGUCUAGGAUUUGCCUCGAUGGCUGCUACACCCUAUAAAUCAAGUUUUUAUACCAAGAUCUUGCGGCCACUCCAUGCAUGGUUGUCGAUGGCUCUGACAUCACUCUACCGAUCUUCGUUCACAGUGGAAAAGAAUAUGUUGAAGAAAUUGAACAUGCAAACACGGGCAAUACCAAGACACAAUUUCCAAUAUGGGUCAUCAUGGAGAAGAAAAGGAAUCGAUCGUAUGAUUGAAAAUGCUAUAAAAGAAGCCGACAGAAAAGGUGUUAACGUUGUGAGCCUAGGACUCCUUAAUCAGGCAAAAGAACUCAAUGGUGGUGAUGAGCUCUAUCUUGAGCAGUACCCAAAACUAAAGGUGAAACUUGUAGUUGGAAGUAGCCUACCUGCCUCUGUAGUUCUCAACAGCAUUCCAGAAGGAACAAAAGAAGUUCUUCUUUGUGGACAUCUUUCGAAGGUUGCUUGUGCAGUAAUUCAUACAUUAUGCCAAAAAGGCAGCAAAGGUCUGCGGCCUACCGUGGAGAUUUGGAGAAUUUUGAUUGUCGUGUUGUGCCAAGCUGGCAACGUUCCUUUGGGUUUUGGUUUGUUUGGAAAAAUAAUAGAUUCGAGAAGUUUGCCGACUGUUGUGACGUAUACGUUUCUUAUUAAAGGGCUCCUAAAAGCUCGAAUGUUGAGCGAAGCGAUUGGUGUUUGGGAUAUUAUGGUCAUUGCCUCCGUUGCCGUCGACCGCCGCCUCGCCGCCCUCGACACGAAGCUAUAUUGAUGUGUUGAUGUGUUUGUAAUGUACGAGUGUGUUGAUGUGUUUGUA